AUGAAUCUUCGCCGAGAUCGUUCCAAGCGGUAUGAAUUUGUAUUGGAUUGUCUUCCGCGAUGGAGUGUCAUCUUGAUUUUAGUGCUCGUCUUGCUGAUUGUAGGAUUAUUUGUUAUUAUUUCUCUGUUUGCGAGCCCAGAAGCCUCUGUUACGGUAACAAGGAGGCAUAGUAGUAAUGGUUCUACCAUUGUUACAACCACAAAUAGUCUUGUAGAGGAUUAUAAAUUUAUUACUGAACAGGAUCGUGAUGAAGUUUUGGAAUUAACUAUAGAAAAUACAAUAGUGGAAGAUAAUUCGACAAAUAGUACCACCACAGACACUACUACUGAUGGAGGCAAUUCUACUACUACAAAUGGGACAGAUAUUGUUGUUGAUCCAAUCAAUCCUGCCCCUAACAAUGGUACUACACCUGAUAAUGGUACAAUUGUCGUACCACCAACAUAUAUGGAAGAAAUUUUCACAGGAAAACGAUCUAUUAUUGAUACCUUUGAUAGUAUUAGUAUUUAUGCUAUGGAGUUUAAAUAUAUUCUGAAAUUAAAUCCUGUUAAUGGUGGGAAAGACUUGUUUGGAGCAGCCAUAAAGAGUGAUCUUAAAGUCCGAGUUCACAUGUAUGGUAGAAAUUCUGAUUCUGAAGAUUGGACAAUGGUCAACAAUGUUGAUGAUUCUGUAUCUACUCACGAAUUGAUUUGUGCUCAAACUGGAUAUUUGUCUAUUCUUCAAUCUGGUGGUUGUUCAGCAAUUACUCUCUUCCACUCUAGAGUUAUUAGAUAUUCUAAUUACAAGAUGAAUCUUACAAUUUUGAAUUUGGAAAAUGUUUACCGUUCAGGCUUAUUAGAAAAUGCUAUUGAGACUAGUUUGCAAUCCAACAAUCCACAAUAUUCCAUGUACGAAUUGGGCUUUAGAAUGACCUUCUCUGUUUUGUCAAUUUUGCAUUGGAUUGCUUUCCUUGUCGUUACUUUCUGGUCACAACAAUUGAGAAAUUGGCACACUGCCCAAAAGUGGUUAGUUGUCUUGUUGUUCUUACACUUCUGGUAUCAUGAUCCAUUAUAUCCAGCCAUGAUGUGGACAGGUUGGGAAGGUUUCCCAGUUGUUGACAUUAUUCUCUCAGUAACAUUUGUUUAUGGAUUCUUGUUGUAUCUCUUGAUCUUCUUCCACUCUGUAUUCAAGGCACCACAAGAUAGAACAUUUAUGAACUUUUAUUUGACCAAGAUUAUCAUUGUUGGUAUUGGCUACAUUUUGACCUUAAUUUUGAUGAUUUGGAGUAGAGUUUACAAUGUUGCCAAUCCAUCCUCAGUUGACAUUUCAUCAGUUCCUGGUUAUGCCUAUUUACUUGCCGCUAAUAUUGUUUUCCUCGUUUUGUGGGGUAUUGAUUUGGCUUAUUAUAUUUUCCGUGCUAUGGGAGCUGUUGGUAAACUCAAAGCCAAGUACUCUUCCAGAUUUAGAGUUGUUGGUAGUUUCAGUUUCAUUGUUGCUGCCUGUUUCAUUGGUUUAACAAUUGCUGGCAAUGGUUUCAGAACUGAUGUUCAAUCAUUGACUUUCCUCUUAUUACACGGAAUUGUUUAUGUCUAUUUUGCCUCACUGUCAUUCCUCUUAAUGCCUGGCAAGAAUGAAGAAAGAAAACCUGAACUGAGUGCAUCAGCUAAAGAAAUGGAUGCAAAUGAUAAGAGUGACUUUACCAAACCUUCUUCAGCUAAUCGUGUAGAAGAUGACGACGAAGUUCAAAUUACUGACGUUGUUUUGUCAAGAAAUGACGAAGACUUUUAAAUUAUUUAACUAAUAAACUUUUUAAACAACAUAUU